CAAAACCGACGUUGAGCAUCACGUUUGACGAGUGCCAUUCCUGAAGUUCCUGAUUGUAGGGAACAGCACCGCUUGUAUCAACAGAAAAUGGCUACGUUUCGCGUGUUGUGUCUGCACGGUUUCGGUCAGGACGCCACCAAGUUUCGCAACCGCAUCUCGUCGCUCCGACGUGCGCUCAAGUCUAGCUUCGAUUUUGUGUUUCCGGAAGCUCCAUUCCUGGUGACUAGCUUUCCGAACUCGACACCUGAGGAGCAGGCUAAAAUUGCUGAAGUGGAGCCGACGUAUAAGUGGUGGGACUUUGAGAUCGAUGAGGAGACAGGCAAGCACACGUAUGGACGCGUCGAUGAGGCCGUGGGUUACCUCGCAGAGUUUGUGCGUAAGGAGGGCCCUUUCGACGGCAUCUUCGGCUUCAGCCAGGGAGGCAUGAUGGUCAAUCUUCUCUUGCAACGACAAUGUGCGGACCCAAACAACUCGCCGUUCUCGUUCAAGUUCGCUUUGUUCUUCGCUUCGUGCGAUCUUGGGGAUCCAGUGUACAAGACUGAGCAGAAGGUAGAUGUGCCGUCAAUCCAUUUCAUGGGCGAGACGGACGCAAUCGUUUCAUUGGAAAGAAGCCGAAAGCUGCUCGAGCUGUACAACAACCCAAAGGUUUUCGUGCAUCCUGGAGGUCACUUCAUCCCGACCAACAAAGAGGCGAAGGAUGCACUGCGAGAGUUUGCUCAGGAACUGACCGUACGUAAUAGCUCUAAGUAGUAAUCUAGACAAUGUCUAAAUAGAAGAAAAUGCCUGUGAAUACUCGAUAAAUACCACCCAAGCUGGGCG